CUGAUUCAUCAUGACCACCACCACCUCGUCCAGUUUGCCCGCCUGGCCAUCCGAAAAUGCUAGGAAGUCGCUCACUCCUUCGCAGCAUGCGACUCUGUACCAGAAUGUACUGGCUGCGCUAAGCCACAUCCUGGCUCUACCUCAUGACAAGCGGGAAGCCGACUCGGUCAAUCGGUUCAUCUCUUCCUAUGCCAAGGAUGCCGCACUGCAGGUUCUCGAAGGCCUUGUGUGGAACAAGAAUACGUCGCAGGACAACGUACAGAAGGCUGUGCGCAAAAAAGUACUUGCUCUUGCGGAGAGCUAUAGCGCUACGCAUGGCAUCGAUGCACAAACUUUGCUGGAUCUUGCAGUGGCAUACGGGACGAAUCCCGGCAAGAUCUCUUCCAUCAUCGCAGCCUCUAUUCAUUCUGAUACUGCCUUACUAUCUUCCUUCCGAUCCGAAGUUGCUCCUGCCAUCGUUUCUCUCCUCACUCCAGCAUCAGGGCUGUAUGGAUUGAGGAAGAUGACGCACUGUCUGCUUUGCCUCCUGCGAGCGUCUCCACCAGAGGUCCAGCGCUGCUUCUCGCAGUCGAAAGAACUGCUUGUGGCCGUCGCAACGGUCUACAAUCAGAUCCUUCCCUCACUCGCGCAAAACUACGGCGGUCUAUCAACCAUCCAAAGCGCUGCGGACCGCGAGGUGGACGAAUGGGAGCGAAUAUGGCUGGAGACGAAGGUCGCUCUUGUCGACGUUUUCCACAUCCUUGUGUCACGGAUGCUGGAGGAUUUGUCAACGGCGAAGGGUCAGGCUUUGGGCUUCGAGGCCGACCGCGCCUUCGAUAUCGUCUUCAGCGUGGUCGAAGUCCCGCUCGCUUCCGCGCCCACAUCCUCUCUGCCUGCGACACCAUUCCUCAACCGGACGAUUUUGGCGGACUACCAGCAAACAUACGACCUCAAAAGGGCGCUGGCAAAGUCUAUGCAGCAUGCCGCGGAACGCGAUGCGAGACUAGAUCUGCUGGAGUCGAGCCUGCAGUCGCUCGACGGCGAAAGCAAGAAGGAUCCUGGUGUACUGAAGAUCCUCCUGCGAUCUUCUGGGAUACCCUUCGGGAUUGACAACCUCGGCAAGGGCUCGCGCGACAAGGGCAAAGGUCGCGCGCAGGAGGCGCCGCCUACUGUUGCACAACCUGUCGAUCCCGACCUAGACUUGAAGGUCGCGCAGGUGCUGGAUAUCUUCCCAGAUCAUGCGCCAGAAUACGUGCGCGCGCUCCUUACGCACGAGUCCUUUCCCUACAAGGGCGAUCCGGAAAAGCUCAUCAUGGCGCUCCUCGACGGAACGGCGCCCUCGGAGGACCAGCUGGAGGCCACUGCCGCGCCCCAGCCUAUGUCCCGCCCUCCGGAGGUCCAGACUGUCGUUCAAGAGCGACGGAAUGCGUUCGACGACAAGGUCAUGAAUACGGCUCAGCUGCGCGUGGGCAAAAAGAACGACGAUGUCCUCCGAGACCGCGAAUUCAUCAGUCAGAUGAAGGCGGACAUCCUCAGGCGUGCUGAAGCCAUGGAUCUGGAGGACGAAGAGGAGGAAGACGUUGAGAAGGCGGCGGAUGCCUUCGAGGACGAUCUCGAGGGCCUGAACCAAGUCAAGGUCGCCGGAGACGGAGAGGAGACGGACGAAGAAGAAGACGCGGCGCCGCCGACGCCGGACACCAUACUGGAGCUCGCGUACAUCAAGAACCCGAAACUGUUCGAGAGGGACGGGCAGACGCGUCGCAGCAAGGAAAGGGCGGAGCUGAAGUCGAAAACAGGAUUGGACGACGAGCAAAUCGAGGGAUGGAGGAUUAUGCUAGAGCGCAACCCCAAGAAGGACAAGAUCCUCGCUAAGCACGAGCUUACGCCCAACCAGAACCGGUUGCCUCCUGCUGCCGAAGCAUCCGGCUCAGGUCAGGGUGAUUCGCAAAGAGGCAGAGGGAGAGGAGGAGGCGGGGGAGGAGGAGGCAGAGGAGGUCGUGGCAAAGGCCGCGGUCGUGGAGGAGGUGGAGGUGGAGGAGGCGGGUCGACGAGCAGCGAUCCAAACACUGCUCGCGACCGCGCCUGGAAGAACAAGAACAAGUCCAGCCGGGCAACUCGGGGGCACGAUAAAAAGAUGGCACGGAUGGCUGGGCCUCCUCAAUGAGUCCACGGAGCGCAGUUACCUCUUCUUCUACACCUUGCUUGAUUUGUGAAGCUCCUAAUAUUCUUAGUAGCACUCUGAAUGCUCAGCUCUGGUCUCCUCCCCCGCC